AAAAAUCACAUAAUCGUCACGCGGCGUUGUCUGCUUUUUCAUUUCAUCGUUGAUGUUCUCUUGAUAUAAAGACAAAAACAAUAAUAACUAGACCGACGAGUAUUUCAACAAAACGUGUAUGUAUCUCAUAAUAUGAAACACAUCACGUUUCAGAGAUUCGAUCCAAGUGAUAAUAUCUUUUAACCAGAUUUUUGGAUUUAAACAAAAAAAACAUUUAAUGGUUUCAUUUUGAUAAACGAUUGAAUUUAUUAUAAUCCUGUUUUUUGCACAAAUGAACAAUGUUUUAGUUUAAGCUUUCAAUGAUGAAACAAAAAAUGUGUCGUUUUUUCUUCAAUAACAAUGGUUCUUUCGGUUAUCUAUUUUGAUUUUUUUAUUUUUAUUUUGUUUCAUUUCUUCACAAUUUUUUUCGUUGGCCCAAUAAAAGUAUGCCAUCAAGUGUCGAUUCAACGGAAAACGUUUUGAAAAAGUGCAUUAAUUGCACAUGUGCAGAAAAUAUAUUUGACAUUGACGUUUGAAUUCAUCUGUCACUAUUUCAUUCAUACACCGCGAACAGAAAAAAAAACAUCUGUCAAAUGAUUAGUUAGUCGUAUUCUGUAGUCCAAAUCAUAUAGAUUUGUGCACGUAAAAGAUGUGUGAAAUUCUCUCAGAAUAAUUGGAAAUAAAGUAAAUUGCACAAAAUGUCACGUGUUCUACGCGGAAAUUUUGGGUUCCAAGUACGACCAAAGGCUUUCAGACCCAUUGUUAUUCUGAAUGUUUCUCGGUUGAAUUUCUCGACACUCACGGGAAAUGGAGCGUACAAACAUCAAUCGUUGCGACGAAAACCGGAAUUGCUCUUGCAACGCGUACAGCCUGAACUGACUUUGAUGGUCGUACCCAGUAGAAGCUAUGGCAUGUUAGCUGUGAGAAUUUUGCGAGGCGCAUUAAAACUGCGAUAUUUGCUCCUGGGAGGAGCCAUUACCGGAGGAGUAACAUUGAAUAAGAGAUAUGAAGAGUGGAGAGAUGGAUUGCCGGAUUUCAAAUGGUUAGAUGAUGUUCUACCCGACAACGAUCAAUGGAACCAAUUUUCACACAAUUUGAAAAACAUAACAAAUUCCGUUCGCGACUCAAUAGAAAUUGAUCCUCGUUUAAAACAACUCAGUGAGAAUAAAAUGGCUGAAUGGAGACGCUGGUUCGAUACUCGUCUUGAUGAUGCAAUUGAAGCCGCAUCAACGCAACAACACCCGGAAAUUGAGGCAUCUAAAGAUGAAAUCCGUAAGGCAAACACCGUGAAUGCAAAAGCGCCGAGCGCCGAUGAGAACAAUCGUAAGAAGAAUGAGGCAAUGCAAAAGCAGAUUGAAGCUUUGCAAACCGAAAUUAUGAACGUUCAAAUCAAGUACCAAAAGGAGCUCGAGAAAUUGGAGAAAGAAAAUCGUGAACUUCGUCAACAGUACUUGAUCAUCAAAACGAAUCGUAAGACGACGUUGGGCAAGAAAAUCAAAAAAUCGCUCAUUGACAUGUACUCCGAAGUUUUGGAUGAGUUAUCUGGCUACGAUUCAAGCUAUCAGACUGCAGAUCAUUUGCCCCGUGUUGUGGUUGUCGGAGAUCAAUCCUCUGGAAAAACUUCUGUCUUGGAAUCGAUUGCAAGAGCUCGAAUUUUCCCUCGUGGAAGUGGUGAAAUGAUGACACGUGCUCCAGUCAAAGUCACACUGUCGGAGGGCCCAUAUCACAUUGCACAAUUUAGGAACAGUGAUCGUGAAUAUGAUUUAACUAAAGAAUCCGAAUUGGCCGAACUGCGUCGUGAAGUUGAACUACGGAUGCGUUCAUCGGUGCGAGGUGGAAAAACGGUGAGCAACGAUGUGAUUUCAAUGACGGUCAAGGGGCCAGGUUUGCAGCGAAUGGUGUUGGUCGAUUUGCCUGGAAUCAUCGCAACACAAACGGUCGAUAUGGCAAAUGACACCAAAGACUCCAUUCAUCAAAUGACCAAGCAUUACAUGAGCAAUCCAAAUGCAAUCAUUUUGUGUAUCCAAGAUGGAUCGGUCGAUGCAGAAAGGAGCAACGUAACCGAUUUGGUUCAACAAUGCGAUCCCAUGGGCAAGCGCACAAUUUUCGUUCUGACCAAAGUUGAUAUGGCUGAGGAACUGGCUGAUCCAGAUCGCAUCCGAAAAAUUUUAGCUGGAAAAUUGUUUCCAAUGCGAGCACUUGGCUAUUUUGCCGUCGUUACUGGCCGUGGACGUGGAGAUGACUCCAUCGAAAGCAUUAAGGAUUAUGAGGAGAAAUUCUUUAAGAAUUCAAAACUGUUCCAGAGUGGCGUCAUCAUGCCGCACCAAGUCACAACACGAAAUCUUAGCUUAGCUGUUGCUGAUCGUUUCUGGAAAAUGGUAAAAGAAACCGUUGAACAACAAGCAGAUGCAUUUAAAGCCACCCGCUUCAAUCUGGAAACUGAAUGGAAAAAUAAUUUCCCAAGACUGAGGGAAUCGAGUCGCGACGAAUUGUUUGAAAAAGCAAAGGGAGAAAUUUUGGAUGAAGUUGUCAAUUUAUCUCAAAUAUCAGCCAAAGACUGGGAAAAUCUGCUAUACACAAAACUAUGGGAUAAAUUGUCAAAUUACUGCUUUGAAAAUAUUUAUUUAGCAGCCGCAAAUGCUAGUUCGCCAGGUCAAUUCAAUACAAUGGUUGAUAUUAAACUUCGUCAAUGGGCCGAUCAAGGGCUGCCAUCGAAAUCGGUUGAGUCUGGUUUCGAAACGCUUCAAAGUGAAUUCAAGCGGCUAAUUGAAUUAGCUAAAAAGUCUCCGGACCAUGAUGAUCUGUUUGAUAAUUUAAAAACAGCUGUAAUGGAAGAAGCGGUGAAACGACACACAUGGGAAGAUAAAGCCACUGAUAUGUUACGCAUCAUCCAGUUGAAUACACUGGAGGAUCGAAGUGUUCACGAUAAAACUGAAUGGGAUCAGGCGGUUAAAUUUUUUGAAGAGUCGGUUAAAUCAAAACUUCAAUCCACCGAACAAACCAUGUCCGAAAUGUUCGGUCCGGGCACAUAUGAGAAGUGGCUGAAAUGGACCUCAGGCACUGAAGAUCAAACGAAGAGGCGUCACGUGAAAAGUGAAUUAGAUAAAAUCCUAAGCAGUGAUCAAAAGCAUUUACCAAGUUUAACGUAUGACGAAAUGACGGCCGUUCGAAAGAAUCUACAACGAUCAAACAUUGACGUGGAAACUGAUUAUAUUCGAGAGACUUGGUACCCAGUGUAUCGACGUCAUUUCUUAAAACUGGCCAUGUCUCGAGCGUACGACUGUCGAAAGGGAUUCUAUUUGUAUUCACAACAACAGGGCAGCAGUAAUUAUGAUCAAAUCAUCAAUUGCAAUGAUGUUGUACUGUUCUGGCGCAUUCAGCAAGUGCUCAAAGUUACAUCAAAUGCUCUGCGACAGCAGGUGGUGAAUCGAGAAGCUCGACGACUUGACAAAGAAAUCAAAGAAGUUCUCGAUGAAUUCAGCGAUGAUGAAGAUAAGAAAGUCCAGCUAUUAACUGGGAAACGUGUUUUAUUGGCAGAAGAAUUGAUUCGUGUGCGGCAAAUCCAAGAAAAAUUAGAAGAAUUCAUAAAUGCAUUGAAUCACGAGAAAUAAUUGGCUAUGAAAUCGCUUCACUGGUUCCCUCACACUAGAUUUUUGAAUUUCUGUUUGCAUGCUGCUUAAGAUAAUUUAAAUUGCACAACUAUUAUUUCGUAAAAUUGAAAAAAAGAAGAAAAAAAAUAUAUGUUAUUUCUUAGAGAAAUAAUCCAAA